AAAUGAUUAUUCGACACUGAUUGCUGCGAAAUAUUCGCGAAAGGGCUAAGAGAACGACAACAUUCCGAUGUUUACUUGCGUGCCUGGAGGAAGGCAGACUUCGAAGACAGAUGUUCGAAAUACUGCUGAAAAAUCAUUGAAGAUAAUAAUCUUUAAUACCAUUUACCUGCGUGGAUAACAUUAUCACGAUCACGAUUUAACGUCGUAAUGACUGAAACGAUUUUGGAAACGAUCUACAUUAAUGGCACAAGGCCACCUUACAAAAGACCAGCAUGGGUAAUCGGACAAGUUGGAAGCGAAGAAAUACAUCGAAGAGCGCAAACUGCAACAUCAAGAGAGAGGAAAGGUCGUGCAUGGACAGAAAACACAGCCAGGCCAAAGUAAGAAUCAUCUCUGUUUUGAUCCGAAUUUUUUAACCGAAUUAAAGCAUUGUUUACCUUUGAAAUCCGUCGAGUUUAGUAACUACUAGUUUCUAUAAACACUAAUCAUGGGGACUGCGGUACGACCGUAACUUGAUUAUCAGCACUGUGUCGUCAAAUUAUGAAUUUUAAAUUCUGAAUUUUAGGAGCUUCUCGGCUCAAAUUUUUCAUUUCACAUCAUGGGCAGCAAUUUAGAAAAAUUUCCCUAACAAGCAUGUCUCGUGAUUUCUUGCAACUGUUUGUAAUCAUUGACUGCAUAAUCAGUGUACACAUUGAUUAUGCAGUUCUGUGGAUUUGUCGACAAUGUUAACUGAUUCACUUUUUUGAGCCUGUUUUUUUUAUGGGAUAAUUUCAAAAUCUUUUAAUAAAUCUAUGAUUUCAUACCCAAGACGAGCAUUGAUAAAAAUUUUGAUUUGUUGCCACUAGUUAAAACUAAUAAUAUUCUUUGUGAAACUAGUUAUAUUGAUUUCUUCAAUAAGUUGUCAUUAAUGUUAUAGGAGAAGAAUCUUUCUCCAAAACAAGAGAGAAGGAAGAUUUCCACCUUUGUUAGUUAUUCUACAGUUGUAGAUACAUGUACCUAUAAUGAUUUACAAGUUAUGAACAACUUUGUAUCAGUAAAAUAAUUCAGAAUAAUUAACAAUUUCAAUUAUUUCCUGUAUAUUGAGCACUUUGAUACACAUUAGAGUGGAAUCAAAUUAUUGGUAGAUUAUAUUGAUAGAAAAUUAUAGUGCAGGCUGCAUGGCCCCCUGAGGUUUACUAAAAACUAUCUGCACAACUUAAGACUUGGUCUUCCUCAAAUGAUUUUGAGUUUUUCAUUCUAUUUACAACUUAAGAUCCACUCCAAGCAGACUUAAUGUCACCUUUGACAAUUCUCCUCGUGCAAGGUCAGUUAAAAGAACUUUUAUCAACAUAUUUUACACAUGUCAGUGCUGUAUAUACAACCUUUAAAAUUGAGAUUCAGCUUGAAAAGUAAAUCUUCAGAAUUAUUGGUGGUUCAAAAUUGAUCACUAGACAGACUUGUGUUUUUAUUUUACUAUUCUAUUAUGGUUACGAGGGCACACUGUUCAUUGGCUACUUGCCAUCUAUCAUGGUAGAGAUAAGGUCAUUUGUAAUAAGCCAAUCAGAUUGCAGCAUUUGUGAUAAGGACCCUGGAGAUUUUUACUAAAAUGAAGGGGUGUUAUUCAUUAUGAAUAAAGGGGUUAAGUUUGUAGUGAAACUGUGGUGCUAUAUUGGUGGGAGAGUAUAGCAGGAUAAUUUAUCAACUGAGUUGAUAAAGAAUUUAAAGGCUGACAAAGGGCUAAUGCUUGAAGCAUCAGCAUUUAGACUCUUUACAGUGGCAAAUUUACAUUUUCAACUCAGUUGAUAACACCUAAUUACCCUGUUAUUCAUUACAACAAGUUUUGAUUUUAUAAAUUUCAUAGCACUGAAGUGAAAACUUGAAAAAAAAAGGUUCUGUGGUAUUAAAGCAAUGCAUUAAUGUCUCUAAAUAAUUUCCAUUAGAUGUUCCAGGUGGAGACAAGUGCAGAGUGCACAACAUAGAAAUUCUCUUGAGGAACCCUUAAAUGAUGUGAGUAUGUAACCUUUUAUACCCUAGAAUAUGAGUAUGUAUAUUCUCUAUACUUUCCUUCAUACAUUUCUUUUGGUAAGUGACAAGGAGAAUUUGCUCGACAAUCAAAGCUUCUUAGGUUGGCAAUCUCAUCCUUUAUUCUUGUGAUCUUCAUGAAUGAUUCAGCAAUAUUUCUGUAUGGUGAAAUUGGAUGCUGAUCACUUGCAGGAUUUAAAAGGGUUAAACCCAGAAAGCUAAUGUUUUAUUUGUUCUUUUGUAAUUCUGCAAAGUUGUCAUUUGUUAAGUUUUGUGGUAUAAUCUCCUUAAUUUAUUUACUGAAAAAAAUAUGUAUUUUAUGACUUAUUUCUCUCUCCAAUAUAGGAUGGCAUGACAAUUACGUUAGCACCUGGUUAUUUGUUAUCCAGAAGUAAAGAAAAGAUAAAUGUAACAAUAACAGAUGAAUUUUUUUUGAAGGAUGGCACCACAAAGGUGAGUUCCGUAUCAGUCUACAAACAGAGAAAUUGCAUACUGCCUACAGUUAUUUCCACAUGGUUGAAUGAAUUCCAUUUUCUUUAAAUAAUAAUGUGCCAUAGUUUUUGGACUCCACUAAAAAAAAAAAAAAAUUUAUCUCGUAUAUAUUUAAUGCCAACUGGACUUUUGCAUAUGAUUUUUUGGAAUGCAUUUCAAGUUUAACUGUGGUAUUUGUGUGAUUACAAUUAAUAAAGAUAGUAAAUGGAGAUAAGUCUAUAUUUAAAAAUCUUCUGAUUUGGUUCCUUUUAUUAUUACCAGGCUAAGACAAGGAAAAAGUAAGUACUCAAUAUCAAUAGCUUUUACAAACUGAAAUAAUUUUUUUAAACAAUAACUUACCCCCUAUUUUAUGCUGUUAUAUGUCAUAAUCAGUUUUGAUUAGAACGCUCUUGAUACUGAUUGCUGUUUAAUAGUUUUCCUUUUUUUUGGUUUCUUAGAUCACAGCCUCCUGAUGAAAAGUAAGUCCAAAAUACAUUUAUCUUUCCAUUGAAGUUGUUUGCACAACGACAAAAGUAAUUUCUUCAUUUUGAAGAACUUUCAUUUCUCCCCCCUCUUUCACCCUCAAGAGUGAACGGAAAUGAAGGUUGAAAAAUUAUUUUAUGAUAUUAGUAUAUAUUUACAUUCAAGGUUUAUUUCUUUAUAUUAUCAAAUUGUACAGGGAUAUAGUCAUUCAACAACUUCACCAACAGAUUGAUGACUUGACAUUGAUUUUAGAGGAAGAAAGGUUGAACCACAAAAUGAACAUGAAGAAGGUUAGGCAACAUGUGCAUGUUAGAGCAAAUCACUUUUUUGAGUUGGAAAUUUAAUGAUUUGUCUCACUGACUAGGAAGAAACUGAUUAUGAUCAGUUAGUUAUUUUAAUUUAAAUCCUGUCUUGUUAAGAACCUUUUUUCCUUGUUUAUUAAGGGGUGAAUUCUUGGGCCCAGAGCUAAAUGUGCAAUCUUGUUUCAUAUUUUUGUUACUUACUAUAACUGACAUCUGAAGUAAAUCAGAAGCAUUUAAAAAUGGAGAAAAAUCAUUCAGUCAUAACUUAAUGGACAUGAUCUUAAUCACAAUUCUCCUCACUGUCUGCUGUCUAAAUCUUAUGAUGUUACGAGCAGUUCAGAGAAUUUGGUAUUGGAUCAAUUAAUGAUCCCCUGAUUGAUAUUCUUUUAUUCUCAUCACCUGUCUGUUCGAUAUUGCAUCGAUAUUGUAAGGAUAAAUUCUUUCUUGGUCACCUAUGAGAGUUAAAGGUUAAAAACAAUUUGCUUAUGUAUCUCAAACUUCAAAUUUAUUGAAAAGCACAGUGGAGAAAUUUCCCUCAAGGACCUGUGGCUAUUUUUUUUUUUUUUUUUUUUUUUUUUUUUUUUGUAGACGGAUGAGAACCAUAAUCUUCAUAUUGAACAGAUACAUGAAGAACACAGAGAGCAUAUCAAGUAAGUGCAACCUUAUCCAUGAUCAUUUUCACUCUGACGCGACCUUCAAAAUCUUUCUUUAAUUGUAAAGAAAGAACUACGUCUCUUUGGUUUUGGUAGCACGAUUUGUGGCUCUCCAAAUAGGCUUUUUCAUUUAAGAGGUAAAUUUUCACAGCAAUCCCUCAAAUCUUAAGACUUUUUUUCUAACCUAAGGAAAACUCCUUAUUUUUGUUGUUGCAGAGCUAUAGUAAAUGAUCACGAGGAAGAAAUGGAGAAGUUAAACAAUUCUUUUGACCAGAAGGUGACUUCGUUGUUUUCAAUAGGAGACUUAUUAAACUUUCAUAAGCUUUUUCGAUGUAACGUCAAGCGCUGUGCAAAAUUCUGAAAUCUCAUUGGCUAACGCGAGUGCGUGAUUGCUCAAUCAUAACCCUUGAUAGUGACUUACUCUAUUAUUUUAUAAUUAAAAUAAUUCAAAUAGUACGCGCGCUCUGAUUGGCCAUAAAACCAUUUUACAUGAGCGUAUGUAGACACGGUUUUCGUUCCUCUUUCAUUAUUUAAUUUAUAAAAGAAAUGUAAAAUGGUUUCCGUGUUUACAUAGCCUGAUGUAAACAAUUGGGAGGUUGGGAGAACACUCGAUAAGCUGGAAACCACUCCGCUUCGCGUCGUAGUGUAGUACGACUAGAUACUAGGUACUAGAACUGAACUAAUACUAGUGUAUAGAUAUUUGAGUAAUAUAUUCGUAUCUACUCUUACAUUUGCAGCUUCGAGAGGAAAAAAGAAGUGCUGAAAUUGAGAAAGGUACAGAAAGAAUUUCUAUCCCGCGUAACAUAAAGACAAAUUUAGCGAAUGUAUAAAUUUUCCGAAAAACUUAAGAAGCAAUUGUAUGCACACGCUAUAGGUUUACGCUUAAUAUUCUAUUUGGGAUACACAAAAUGACAUAGACAUGAAUUUGAAGUAAAGGAGGGAAACGCUUUUAUAAAAUUGUCCCAACGAGUCCACUUUAAAUUCGUUAGAUGGGAAUGUGCUGAUUACGCACUUUAGUGUUCACUCUUUUCCCCCUCAGCUUUGAAGCUUGCUUCAGCCAGGCUAGUUUAUAAAAGUAUACGGUGAAACGCUUGUCUCCGCAUUUCUGUGACCCGCCGCACUCUGCUGCAACUGAACGAGUAGGAAAACUUUGACUAUGUUUUUGAAUGAUUUUAUCCCGAACUUGUAUCGACAGCCGGUCUUAAGGGUGAAAUGGAGAGUCUUCAAGGAGCGUUUGAAGCUUACAAGGUAGGGAAGAGAUAAACUUUUGAAAAUGAUACGCGCAGGAAGCAGAAGAAUUCUCAAAUUUCAAAAACAAGGCAAUUGUUACAAUUCGCAACUACCCUUAGAAAAAUGAGCGGUUUAAAAAACCCAGUAACAAGUUAAAACAGUUAAAGUAACUUUUCAAGAAAAAUCUUUGAAAUGCCACUCUCCAAUUAAAGCACAAAAAUUUAUCAUAACUUGCGCCAAUUGUACGCACCACUUGUUAACGACCUUGUUAACCUGAAAAUGUCUGAGCCCGCGCGCUGUGUGUGCGCGUCAACCAGAUGGGUCGUCUAUAAGUAACAGUUAAAUAGUGUAACCAUUGGCUUAACGCCAAUUCAAGAAGGGUGGUUUAAAUUCUGACGGGGAGUGGUGUCAUGAGAAUUAAUUGUAAACUGAAUUUAAAACAGUUGGCUUGGUUACGAGUACUUUCUGAAGUAUGGCACUAUCAUGAUUGCUACACUUUUAUACUUGCUUGAUUGUUGGGUUUUCAACAGGAGACUGUAGCGACUGAGAUGGACUACAAAUGGCAGAGAAAAUCGGUAUGGUAUUAUUCUACCAUCCAUAAACAACAAAAAUGACAUUCGCUUAGUUUAUCAAUUGCAUUUGAUACACGUAAAUCGAAUUAUUGUUGUUGUUCAGUAAACCUUGGCUACUCAUGUAUCUGGUACAUUUUAACCUCACGAGUCAAUCUCUCAGAAUUUCUUGAUAAAUUUAUUUUACAGAAAGAGCUGCGUCAUGAGCAUGAAAGGCAUCUAGAAGAUGAAUUGGCCAAGCAGAGUGAGUAAUAUUUGCCUGUGUUUGUGGUAUAGUUAACGGUGAGGUGAUGUGCUCUCUAUGAUUUCUACUGCUUAAAAGUUGAUGAGGGUGGAGCGCUAAUCAAAAUGGAAAUGGAGAGGGAAUAAUCGAAUAAUUUUUGUGUGAUUCUACCAGUUGUUCAAGAAAGGCUCGCAUUUUUGUCUUUUUUUUGUUCAACUCAUCAACAUAUUGUAAAUCACGAAAAAGACAACGAGUAGUCAGUCAGAUUAGAACAUUUGCGAUGGGACUUAAGAGAUGAUAUUAUAUGGUUGUAAGUUUGUUAGAGAGCUCCGGCUAAAAGGUAGACUUGGGUUGUACUGAACCACAGCUAUUUAUUAUGUUAAUUAUGACAGGAAGAGAAAUGCUUCAUGAGAAAAACAAAGAAAUUGAAGGGAUGAAUAAGGAGUUUCAGAGACAAAUACAGAUUUUGGUUGAAGAUCACAAGAAAGAGGUUGAUGUGAGUAUAGGAACAAAUUAAUCUGUAAUUGUAUCAGUUUUUCCUGUGACUAUGUUAGAAAACUUACGCGUAUGGGUCUGUUGCUAAUAAUAAUCUUUUUUGCAUUAAAGCACUUGAUGGAGAAGUUUGCAGAGUGUGUGCAGGAUUCUGAACAGCUCAAGUCAGCUCUUCUGGAGAUGAAGGUGAAAGAAUAUCUACAACGUAUUUAUUACUAAAAAGGACGCUGUAAACAGGGAUUAGCUUCUUGCAGCUAUAUAUAUGUUUGUGUUUAAAUGAAUCGUGCUGUCGUGAUGAAAGUUUUCCCUAUCAAUGUAAUGAUUCUUUCAUGCUCGCAUCGCAUUGAAUGUUAACAUGUUUCUUUCCUCUCAGACCCUUAAACAACAAAAACAAGAGCUUGAAGAGAAAGUGAAAACUAAAACAGAAAUUCUUCGUAAGACUCAGAUGGAACUUGAAGACAAGGUACUCCUUAUACUUCUCAAAUAAUUUUACUCUUUUAAGUGUAGCUGUAGCAAUCAAGCCAAGCAUGCGAGCAUCAAGCCCUGCGUGACGAGCCCAAAUGACAGCCACGUGCACUAACGAGGCAAAGUCCAUAGCAACGUGAAAAAAAAAAAACGCGGUAAUUUUAAGUCAUGUUGUCACCUCACUCAUACUCAAUAACGCAAGUUCACUGGUGUUGUGAUUGUGCUUCUUUCCACAGAAAGUCAAAUUAGUCGCUUUUGAGGAACACUUUGCUGAGAAAGUAAGUCGUUGACUAUUCUUCCUCCACCGUUCCGAACAUAUUUGUUUUCAGGUGACAAAUCUGUCCUAGAUUGCUAUUCUAUUUUAAUUGCAAUGUGGGAUUUUUAGACGAAAGCAUCAAAUUUUUGAUCGUCAAAUGAGGUGGAGUCUUUGUCCUCUAGGUGGAAGAAGUUGACAAUAGAUAUUCAAUGAGAAUGCAGGGGCUCAUGUCAGACAAUACAGACUUAAGGUAAGUCUAAGGUUCGCUAUACUUUAUAAAUGGCCUCUUUGCAAUAUUUUCCUCUAAAACUCGAAGACUUAGAUUGAUCAUUUUACAUUCAGUGGUCAAUAGACUAUCAACUUCAAAGAAUCAAUUCAAUCACAUGAUAUGAUAGGCACUCGGCUUAUGCUAAGGUAACAUGCACGUUCAGAGGGAGAGAGCGGGGGUCACUUCCUUAUUAGGCCUACAAUGGGUGUAAGUCAGCGGUGUAUUCGCCUAAAAGAGGGCUUAGUUAUGCAAUAUUGUUAUUUGCAAGUCUCUCUGAACCGGACGUUUUCAAUAGCAUGUGAGGGUUUGCAUUGGGUGACCUACAUGUAUAGUACAAACUUUUUUUUUUUUCAAAUGGAAAUGAGAUUAUGAACUCCAGUUUUCUAUUACAUGAUGGUUGAUGCCCGAUUAAACCAUCAUGCAUGAAAUCGAGAACGAUUAAUCAAUUAUUGUAUAAAUGAAAUUGCCGUUCAAAACACUAAAACGAAAUGGCACAUGUCUUUUUUAUUUGUUUUGGAUGAUAAACACCCAAUGUAAGGCCGUUCUCUUUCCUACGCGCUAUCUAUCUCGGGAUAGAAGCGAGCAACGUUGCCAAUCAGAUUGCUGCACUUGUGGUAGAACGUUGGUAGAUUUGCACCAACUCGAAAUAGAUAGCAAGUAGCGUAGCUAGUUAUAUUGCAGUUGUUAAAAUGGAAUACAAGAAGAUGUACAACAAAACAAUAAUUCUCUCUGAAUAUGACAGACGUGACCGGAUGAGGUUCAUACACAAAAUGAGGGUUAUAAUUUUAUUUUCUACAUUUUUUCUUUGUUAGCAUCAAAAUUUUGGAUGCGUAAUUGUUUACAUUUUGCUUUUUUUUUUAGGCGACAUUACAUCAAGAAAUGCGAACAGAUGUUUAAACUGCAGACUGAACAAGAUGCAGAACAAGUAUGAGUAUUAUCACAGUGAAUUUUGAGAGCUCUACAUGAUCAUUGCAGUGAGAACAUAAUCAGUUGACAGAUGUUUCGUUUUGGUUUCACAGGAAAGCUCAAUUCGCACAGCCAAGAGUACCUUACAGGUAAAGAUGAUCGAUAGAAAUUGAAAUUACUCUUUAAUCAUAGCUAUAAAUAGACAAGCAACUUAAAAACUAAGCGCACAAUCUUCGUGUUUCAAUUAUCCAACAGAAAUCUUAAAUAUUUAUCUUUCUUCUGCUCCUCUUGCAAAUUACUGAUCCGGUUUUCAUUUUUUCGUUACUAGGCCGUUAUCUUAGCUCGCACAAGAUGUGACGUCAGUUUAACAGCACUAAGAAACGAAAUCCCGGAUGUUCCAAGUACAGAACGGAGCACGCGCCUUAAGCGACGAAUGAGUGUACCGGAAACUAGAGAAGAAGUUGCCUUAGCAGAAAAACUGUCAGCGGUGGUAAAUAAGGAAAGAAAACCAACAAAAUCAAAAAUUCUAACUGAUCAUUAUAGGUCUGAGUCAACAAAACAGAGGCCUCAUACAUCGCAUCACGCCACCAUGUUGAGCCCCAGGACCCCGCUCUCAAGUGCACGUUCUGCAGUUCGAGAAAGUCUGGUGCCGACACCAGUAAACAUUUCAAAUCAAGGAAUACAAAAUUUGCGGGCUCGAAGGGAAUUUCUCAGUUGAGAAAGUUGUGGAGGAUGAUGUGUAUGAUUUUAUUUCUUCAUUACUCCUGCCUUUUUUGAAUGCGAUGGGGUGUCAUCUGCCACAUUUAAAUCGGGUGCGUUGUAUAGAAAGUCAAUGAUAAUUUGUAUAAUGAUAGCGAAAUGAAAUUGUAGAUAAUUUUGAUUAUCUACAAUUUCAUUCCACUAUCGUCAAUGCUACUUUGAAAAGAAGUAUUGUUUUUUUUUUCUUUUUUCGAUUUUUGGCACUAGUGUCCAGAAUUCUAGUGAAAAUCACGUGGCAACCAUAGUGGAAGUCACCCAACAUGGUAGUCAUGACGUCAUGCUAUGUAAAGGAGGCACGCAAGCUUCAAUUAGGUCGUCACGGGAUGAGUUGUUGCGUGACCACCCUAAUGGCGUGACUUACAAAAAUUUGACUGAUUUGUAGUUACCAUCUACAGAUAGCGAAAGAAAAUGAAUUGAUAGCUGACUCUUUAGGUCCCAUCACAGAAUUACCUCAAAAACCUGCUUGUUAUGG